CAUAAGUUUGUCGCCGCAAUUUUUAUUCCUAGGGACAUACGAUAGAUAUAUGUGAGUAAUGAAUUGCAGAUUCCUCUACCAGAGACAUGUAUACCAGUGUAUACCAACAUUUACCUAGUCUGUGAUAGGAGUAACGUAGAGUAAUGGCAUUUUUAAUUAAUCCUUGUUUGGCAGUGAGUUUAUGUAUUUUAUUGUUUCAUACGAGCGUAGCUCUCAAUAAAUAUUCCGCCGAUGCAAAUGAGCCGAAAUAUGAGGAUCCCCUGAAAUUUCCAACCUCGCUUCGUGAGUUGGAUAAACCGUUUCGGAUGGCAAAAUUAAAUAUAGUAUGGAUCAAAGCGAAAAACCGUUUGACUGAUACUAAACUCCAGUCAAUAUUCAGUGAUUUAAAACUCCACGAUAAGGAAGAAAUUGCUUACAAGCAUUUUAAGGCCGAAGAAAAAGAUCCAAAUGGCGAAGAAGAAGCACGUUUAAGAAAGAAACUUAUUGGUAUUAUGAGUACAUAUGGAUUAUUGGAGCACUUUAAUGAGACAGAGAAUCCAGAAUUAUUGAAGACACAUAAAGCAUUGAACGAUGGUAGUAAUUAUAUUGCCAAAGAUGUGUUUCAAGACAAAAGGUUGAAUAAAUUGUGGGUCAAGGCUGAAAUGGGUGGUUUUACACAUGAGGAACUACAGACUUUAAAAGAAGAAUUCCAGCAUCACCAAGAUAAAAUAGAUGAGUACAUGAGUCUUUUGAAAGAUGUAGAAGCUGGGGAUUCAGACAUACAUGAAAAUAGUCUUCAUCUCAAGCCAAAGAUCUGGAAUGUCAUAGAAAAGGAAGAAGAAAUAACCAACGAUGUUCCUGGACAGAAAUUGGAUUACUUAGGAAAGGCAGCACUACUUAGAGAGAAACACUUGGGCAUCCGGGAUGGAUUCGACCGAUUGGGUAGAUUAACCGCUAAAGGUCCGAAUGACAAACAGUUCAUAGAACCCAAAGUGCAAGGGUUGUGGAGGUUUGUGCUAGAGGCUCCAUUCUCUCCCGAAGAACGUGCUUCUCUGAAGGAGGAACUUCAUCAUUACGAAGGAAGAUUACUGAAGUUACGCCAUCUACAUACGGAAGCUGCUCUGGAAGCAGUACGACAAGGUCAACCUCAUACUUUAGACAACAUCACCAUGCAACAACACAUAAAAAAGCACGCAAGAACAGUUCAGAAGCUCCAUAGGGAUCUUGAAACAAGAAUUAUGCAGAAACAUACUGAACUUUAACUUUAAUAUGUUCAAGUUUAAUACAUUCGAACUAACACACGACGAAAGAGAUAUGUAUUGUAUGAAGAAUAUUCCUAGAAGAGAUCUAAAACAAGAAUUUAUGCAAACUUAAAAGUUAUUUUAUAUAUUUACAUAUCUGUAUGAAAUUUAUAUUUAAAAAGAAAUAAUGC